CCGAAAAAGUGGCUUCCCUCAGUGUGACAGUCAAUUCUUGACCUUGCGCAUUGCUUACCUUUUCCAAAAACCGCAACGUCCUUGACACUUUUUUCAGUAAAAAAAAAACUAUCGCCAUGGCAGGUCCUAAAUUAGAAGUGGUCAAGUUUGGUUUUUAUGUAUUUUUCCCUGUGGGUGUCAUGCUGUACUUUGGCGGACCCGACUUUUACGAUAAAUAUGUAAAGGGCCUCAAAUUCUGGCCCGAUUACGAUACAACCUAUCAACCUCCAAAGACAUCGGAAGAGGUCCGCGGAGCCCUCGACAGAAUGAAGGCUGAACGGGAAGAACGAUGGAGAAAAGCAUAUCAAGCAAGACAACAACAACAGCAAUCGGAAACCCAGAACAAUGAGAAAUCACUAUGAGACAGAGACUAACGGUUGAUACUGACAGCUCAGACAUUUUUUUC